CGGUUGAUGUUUGUUGCUGUUAUUCAGAAGUCGAAAAAUUUAUCGUAAUCUCCGGUACCACUGGUGGCACCAAUAAUGUUUUCGGGACUAUUUUAUCAAGCAGAACCAUGCUCGAGAAUGGAAAUAUUGAAUUGUCUGGAAAUGUUGCUGCAGCAGUUCCGGUGUGUUGGCCAUUCCGCUCGAGCAGCUCGGAAUUUUUUUGACUGGGACAAACGACCGGGUGAUGGGUUCGUACAAUCAAACCCACAGGAGGUGUCCAUUGCCCGGAAUGAUAUUCCGCUGAUGAUUUCACGAUCACUAGCAGAACUUCUUCGAGAAUGUCCGCCAGUCUUUCGGGUGAUUCAAUCGGUUCGCUCGGUGGCGGAGUUACGUUACGGGUACAUCUAGGAACAGUAAGCAUCACUGCAAUUUCAUUGUUUUGGAUUAUGCUGG